AUGGACCUGGGAGCCAUGUGGACAUCCAGGAGUCUAGCAGAGAAGUUCCAGCACAGCAUGAGAGAAGAACAAUGUGACACAGAUGCCCUGGAGAGGGUUGUAAAAAUGAUGAUAAUUGUCGUGGUGACAUUUGCCAUCUGCUGGCUGCCUUAUCAUAUUUACUUCAUCCUCACUGCAGUCUAUCAACAACUAAAUAGGUGGAAAUACAUCCAGCAGGUCUACCUGGCCAGCUUUUGGCUGGCAAUGAGCUCGACCAUGUAUAACCCCAUCAUCUACUGCUGUCUGAAUAAAAGAUUUCGAGCUGGCUUCAAGAGGGUGUUUCACUGGUGCCCUUUCAUUGAAGUUUCUAGCUAUAAUGAGCUGGAGCUCAAGACCACCAGGUUUCACCCCACUUGGCAAAGCAGCCUGUACACAGUGACCAGGAUGGAGUCCAUGACGGUGGUGUUUGAGCCUAGUGAAGCAGACAACACCAAAUCCAGUCGGAAGAAGAGAGCAACUCCAAGACAUCCAAGCUUCAGUGGCUGCUCCCGCGAGAAUUCCAAAUCUGCCUCCGCCACUUCAAGUUUCAUUAGUUUGCCCUAUACUUCUGUGGAUGAAUACUCCUAA